AUGAAACCUCGAACAACAAAACCAAAGCUCAAAACUAAAAAAACAAAAACAAAUGGUGUUUCAGCAAUGGAACAACAUAAGAAAGAUCUAGCCGAUUUGGCCACAGUCGAUCCCGAAUUUUACAAAUUCUUGAAAAAAGAAGACGCUGGUCUACUCGAUUUCAAUGUCAAUGAUGACGAUGACUCGAUACCCGACGAUGAUCCUGAACAACAAGCUCAUCAGUUGCCUGAACGACUCGAAGAAAUGGAAGCUCUUUCCGAUGAAGAUGGUGAACCACUGAGUAAAGAAGAACAAGCCCAGGUGACAACGGAAACGAUUGAAAAAUGGGCGACUCAACUUCAAAAAACUCAACCGACAUUGAAUACGAUUCGUCAUGUCAUACGUGCUUUUGGUUUAGCUGUUCAAUCUGCUUAUGGUGGUGCAGAGGCGACAACUGAUUCAAAUGAUAAAAAAAAGAAGAAGAAAAAACAAAUUUCAACUGGUGCAAUCGAUGAUCCUGAAUCAUUUAAUGCCAUUGUUCGCGUGUGUUUGAAACAAUUACUACCAGCAAUUUAUCGGUUUCUUCGUAUAAAACUUGUCACAACGAGCAAAUUAAAACCCGAAACAAGUGCUAAUUGGAAAUAUUUAGAACACGUGAUGAAAAAAUAUCUUCUCAAUUUCACACGGCUCAUAUCAAUGAUCAAUGUUCCAACUACAUUGAAUACACUUCUUCGUCAUGUUCGAUCGUUGAUUCCAUUUGUCAUUGUUUUACCAAAUACACGUCAAGCACUUGUGAAAGAAUUGAUUCAUAUUUGGUCAACAUCUACAGAUGAACGAAGUCGAGUCAUAGCUUUUGUUUGUUUAUUUCAUUUGAUUCGUGAACAUCGAAAAGAAAUGAUGGGCGUUGUUUUACGCAAAAUGUAUUUGGAUUAUUUGAAAAAUUGCAAAUUUACAUCACCAACAACACUCCCGUUGAUUAAUUUCAUGCAACGAUCGUUAGUUGAACUUUACUCACUUGAUCCAACAGUUACCUAUCAACAUGGUUUUGUUUUUCUUCGACAACUUGCUGUUCAUUUACGCACAGCUAUUCAAACUAAAAAACCAGAGAAUAUUCAAGGUGUUUACAAUUGGCAAUUUAUUCAUGCAUUGAGUUUAUGGACGAAUGUUAUCGGAGUUUUAUAUAACAAUAAAGAAAAACUAAUUCAACAACUUGUUCAUCCAUUAACUGAACUUAUCAUUGGAACAAUUAGAUUGGUACCAUCACCUCGUUAUUAUCCACUUCGAUUUCAUUGUAUUCGUCUAUUAAUCAAAUUAACUGAAUUAACAUCUGUGUUUGUUCCUGUUCUACCGUUUCUACUUGAAAUGUUUGAUACGACCGAUUUCAAUAAACGUCAUAAAACAGCCAGUCUCAAAGCACAAUACAUUAACUUUGAUACUUCACUAAAAUUAACCAAAUUACAAAUGGAUGAUCGAGCAUACAAAGAUGGUCUAAUGGAUCAAUUCUAUGAAUUAGUUAUGGUUUAUCUGGUUCAAUAUGCUCAUCAUGUGACAUUUCCUGAGCUUGUUUAUCCUUUGAUACUUAAAUGUAAAAAAUUCAUUAAAGUAUGCAAAGUACAAAAUUUUGUGAAAGUUGUUCGUGGUUUAUUGGAAAAAGUUCAAGAAAAUGUGAAUCUAAUUGAAGAACGGCGACAAAAAACAGGUCUCAAUGUUAAAGAUUCGACACAGAUGGAAAGUUGGCUUGAACAAAGUCAACAAAAAUCAACAUCAAGUCCACUUGUUGUUCAUUUUCAACGAUACAAAUCAAUGCGACAACGUGAAGUGUUAGAAGAUAUUGCUCAAAAAGAAAAGAUUUCACUAUCUGGUCGAGCUUCUCUACCAGAUUUGAUUCGACCUGAACAUCAAGUAUCCGCUAAGCAAAGUUUUGCAUCAAUGAUUGACAAAGAAAUUAGCGAUAAUGAAGACGAAGAAGAAGAACUUUUUCAAAUCAAGAGUAAAAGAAAACAUGAUGAAAUAGAUGAUGAGCAAGACGAAGAGGAAGAAAACGAAAGUGAAGAAGAAGAAGAAGAAGAAGAUGCAGAUGACGAUGAUAUACCAAGAACUCCACCCGCCAAGAAACGAAAAGCGAAAAUGAGCAAUGGUAACUCAUCAAAGCCAACUACCGAUGAAUUUCUUUCUAUUGUUAAAAAGAAAUUCGAUCGACGAAAAGAUCAGGUGAAAACAUUGUCAGUUGAUGACUUUUAG